AUGAAGCAGCUACACUUGGAAACGCAAGCCCAUAAACGUCCAGUAUAUUUACAGACCCCCACUACGAACACCACCACCACCACCACGACGGCGCUUCCUGCCAAGGCUCCAUCACAAACCACGCAGUCGACUCCUGGUACUACUCGUCCGUCCGGUAGCCUCCCCGAUUCAACGCCGCCAGCAACCCCAACCAUGACAACUGGGGAUGCGUCCAUUGUGAACUCCAGCCCCAUCGAUAUGAAAGCUCAGCCAGACAAUGUGCUCUCUGUGGGUGUUUCGAGUGUUGGUUCAGAAGUCCCCGCCGCUACGCCAGUGGAGCGCACCCCUCGACAAACAGCAACCAAAGAUGUAGCUCCAAGUGCCAGUUCCCCUUUGAGUGCCUCUGUUCUAACCCAGACCCCCCACGAAGUCGCGGUGCGCGACUUCAACGAAGCGCUGCGCCAUUUCUGGGCGACAAGCGCCGAGAUGCUCUGGGAGUGUCGGUUUUGCUGGCAGACGACUCGCCCUACCAUGCGGCUGUUGGAGGAAAACGUCGUGCUGUUGGUGGGCCGGUUGCAUCUUUUGAUUGACCUGUUCGACAAGGAUGAUGCGUUGAUUCAGUUUCUCAGUGGGACCCCCCACCCGACGUGGCCAGUCAUGAUUGCCAAGUUCCCCCUGUCACUGAAACACAUAUACGCCAUGCACGGGGACGCAACUGUGGUCGACUUUUCACGAACCCAACGCCACCGGUUGUGGCCGGUGUACCCCCCCAUUCGGCAUCAGGGCCGGUGGUUAUCCUAUAGACUCAACAGCCUGGACGACGACGUCGAGCUGACAUGGCCGCUGAGUGAAACGUUUGUGUACGUGGCUAGCCGACGACUCACGCCGCGGCUGCUCGCAAAACUGGCGGACAUGGAAAUCCCCAACCCCAUUCGAGUGAUUCGGCGCAUGGCCAGGGUGGCCCGGCGGUUCUUCGAAAAGGGGUGCCCGCCCCCCGACGAGCCGUACCCGUUCGUGUCGGUAGUGGUCGCAGACGACCUCGUGGGGCCGCAGUGGUCCCAUGGACUCGACCCACCACCAACAACGUAUACGUCGCAUGUUCGAACGCUCCGACCAACUAAAUCAUGUCUCGUUUAG